GCAAACAUGUCAGGCCCCCCAAGUGAAGUUUCAAGCAAGGCAAAGUUUGCCCGAGAAGUAUUUGUAUCCCGCAUACUUCGUGCAGUUGUCUGGAGCAUCGUACUACAGUGUAUAAUCGCCGUUCUAUUAGGCACUCCCUUGUUGAUGAACAUUGACAUCCUGCACCCUUUGCAAUGGAUCAAAAAUGCAUAUUCUUCUGGAACCUGGUUCUAUCUCAUCUCUUUGGGAGUAAUGACUUUUGCUCAAGGUGUUCUCAUGAGCAAAGAUUUUUUGAUGGAGAGUCCAUGUAUACGCACAAGAUUUGGCACUAUUUGUAGUGCGUUCCAACCCAGGAAUCUAGUGAUGGCCUUUUUAAACAUGGUAUUUGGUGCUAUGAUUGUGUCAUACUACUCUGGUCUGUUGGGUGAUAAGACCAAAAUUUUUACUGAAGACAGUGGAAAGUGUCUUAAUGAAAGAAAUUUGUACUUAAUUGCCUGUGGCAUUUGGGUUGGCCUCUACACCACCUUCCAUCGCCAAAUUUGUGAGGUGCGUGUUGUCAUGUUUCCUAUGGUUCAACAACUUAAAUAUCCUCAAGUAAAGUUGAAGCUUGGCCAGUUAGUGAUGCAGUCCUUUAAAGAAGCAGUUCUGCCAUAUGCAUACUUCUGUUUGUUGUACUGGGGUUGGGGAGGAUACCUGCGAGAGCAUCUCUCUGGAUUUCUUGGAGUGACUACAGAUGAACACUCAGCCAUUUCUGUCUUGUUUUGGAUGAAGCCAUUCCUUGCAAUUCGUUGUCUCCUUUACUCGGCCAUCAUCAUUCUAUCAGGUCGAAUUGUAGAAGUGCUAUUCCAGGUAUUUCUUACAGAGCGCUGCAAUUUUUUGAUUUCUAGUACAGCCAAUGAUCAGCUCACACUGAAUGAUGUUCUUGCAUCACCUUUUCCCUUUAUGCAACGGCUUGGUUACCUUGAUCUACUCCAUGUUGCUGAGCGAGACCCGAUUCGGCAAGCUGAACUUUUUUCCCUCAGUCUGCCUGGGGGACAUCCCCACAACUGGAAUAGAGUUGUGACUGAAGUUUUGAGAGCACUAGAGUCCUUUUCGUCAGAUCUUAAUGUCGCAAUCUGUGAUAUGAACCGGGCCUCUAAUGGGCCAUUGUUGCCAAGCUCUCCUGUUAAAUCUGUUCUAGCAGAGAGUCGCCCUAUGUUGACAUCUCCAAUGAACCAAAGUUCAGUGACCUCUCCAUCUCUUAGACUUCGUAAUAUGUCUAUUAUCCAGUCUUCUGAUCUAAAUAAUAGCAUUGCUGGAAGUAGUCCAAUGCUCUAUGCUGCUGCAAAUAAUGCUGCACCCAAGCAAAAGAAAGAUGUUGAUGUAGUGGCAGCUUCAAAGCAACAG